AUGAAGCCGUGCACCGUUCUUGCCACCGCGCUGGUUCUUUCAGAACUGGCGGUGACAUCUGUGGACGCCCACGGUCGGCUGCCGUACACCUACGCGCCGGUCCCGUCAAUCAACAGCUGUGACACGCCAGUGGCGGUGUCGUCUGCUGUCCCCACCUCCGUCCCCCAGCCGACGAGGGGUCCGUCCGCAGCGGGAGUCACGAAGCAUGUGACGUGGAAUUUCUUUACCACCGGCUCCCCCGACUGCUUUGCCUCGUUGACCAAGGACGAUUUGAACUCUGGAUUGUUUGCCGGCGCCGAAAACAUACCCGCCGACUGCGGCAAGACCGCCUCCUUUACGUACAACGGAGUCACCGUCACGGCGAAGUAUGCGUGGCGCACGACUGGCGGCCAAGGCUACAACGAGCUGUCCCCCCAAGCCUUUGCCAACCUGCUAGGGGUUCAAGUGAACGUGGCCAACGUCACCAGAGCUGAAGCCCUUCAACUCCCCAUCAACGACCCAGGGUAUGUCAUCGGUCGCUGUGUGGGAACGUGUGGUAUCGCUACGUCAGCCCUCACCACAUCCACACCUACGUCCACACCUCCCUCUGUCAUUCCUGGGAUCACCACACCCGCACCUAUUGAAGCCCCAACUGGCGCGCCCAUUGCUGCGUCAACCGCUGCGCCCGAGACGAGUGCGGUCACACCUGCAUCUACCACGACUACACCAUUGAUUGAGUCCACAUUGGCACCCACAACCUCCCGUCCAAUCACCCCUUCAGUAACAGCAUCGCUGCGACUUGCUACUACAGCUGCACCUACGACUCCCAUUCUCUCCACACCUGCCAAUGCAGUGCGGGAUCAAUUGAUCAGUCAACACAACAAAAUCCGAGGCGCCCACGGCGUUGGCCCCGUGACGUGGGACGAUACUUUGGCGCCCAAAAUGCAAGCUUGGGCUAACAGCUGCCCUGGGUUUAAACAUGGGGGCCCCACCGGUUGGCAAAACUUGGCCACACACACCCCCUGUGGCACCAGCACGACUCGCGCUUGUGACAAGGUGGUGGGGGCGCCGUGGUUGUGGUACGACGAAGAAGAAACGUUCUGGAACUACGGCAGCAACACGUGCAACGGGGACUGGGCCAAGUGCGGCCACUUCUCCAACCUGAUCAGCCCAGAAGUCAAGUCGAUUGCGUGCGGGUGGUCCCAGUGUGCCAACGGCAAUUAUGUCUGGUGCAACUACAACACCCCCGUGAAGAACCCCAAGGUGUCCCCCAUCCGUGGCAUCACCAAGCCCCAAUUGCUAGCGAGUUUAGUAGUCUAG